UUCUGAUUAUUCAGAAUGAGUGGGCGCGGUUCAGGGGAAAAGGGAGAGAAGGGAAUAAAUGGGAUCUUGGCGUGUCAGGAGAGUUACGCCUGUGGCGGUACCGACCAGGCCGCUUACGAGUGUGACGAGUGCGGCAGCCUGCAGUGCGCCCGCUGCGAACUCGAACUGCACCGUCAAGACCGCAUGCGCAAUCAUGACCGGGUUCGGAUCUCGGAGGGUCACGUCCCGUUCUGUGACCCGUGUAAAGGAGACGGAGGUCCAGGUAACGGAGCCCGGCACAGAGCCGUGGUGCGCUGUCAGGGCUGUAAGGUCAACCUGUGCCUGGACUGCCAGAAGCGUACCCACAGUGGCGUGAGCAAGAAAAAGCAUCCCAUCACUGCCUAUCCACCAUGCAAACUCGUAGAGAAGAACAUGAACUCUGGGUUUGGAGAAGCGGAUGAUGUGCAGGCACAGCUGGAGAAGGUCUGCAGCUUCCUUCUGGUGGACGAGAAAGAGGAAAUGCAGGUAACCGACGCAGACGACUUCGUGAGCCGACUGGGCUGCGUCACGGACGAGCUUCUGAAGGUGGUGUCCAUCUUCGGUAACACGGGGGAAGGCAAAUCCCACACCCUCAACCACACGUUCUUCAGGGGCCGGGAGGUGUUCAAGACGUCGCCCACGCAGGAAUCCUGCACCGUCGGGGUGUGGGCAGCGCUGGACCCGCUCCAUAAAGUGGUGGUGGUGGACACGGAGGGACUUCUGGGAGCCGGAACCAACCAGGGCCAGAGAAUCCGUCUCCUGCUGAAGGUCCUGGCUGUGUCCGAUCUGGUGAUUUACCGGACGCACGCCGACCGCCUGCACGACGAUCUGUUUAAGUUUCUGGGAGACGCUUCGGAUGCCUAUUUAAAGCAUUUCACCAAGGAGCUGAAAGCCACCACGGCUCGGUGUGGUUUGGACGUGCCGCUUUCCACCCUGGGCCCGGCCGUUAUUAUCUUUCAUGAAACCGUCCACACCAAAUUGCUCGGGUCAGAUAAACCAUCGGAAUCAGCCGAGCGUCUGCUACAGGAGCGCUUCCGGAAGCUCGGACUCUUCCCAGAGGCGUUCAGCUCCAUCCAGUACCGCGGCACGCGCACGUACAACCCGCCUACCGACUUCAGCGGCCUGCUGCGUACCGUGGAGCUGCAGCUGGAGAACAGCACCACGCGUUCGCCACGUUCUGCCAGCGUCGUCUACAAAGCUCUGAAUGCGCUGAGUGAGCGUUUCAGUGGAGAAAUCCCUGACGAGCACCUCUCCAGUAACUCCUUCUUUCCUGAUGAGUACUUCACCUGUUCUAGUAUCUGUCUCAGCUGUGGCUCGGGCUGUAAGAACAGCAUGAACCACCUGAGAGAGGGCGUCUGCCACGAGGCCGAGCACCGGUGCCGCUACUCCGCCCCGUAUGACAACCGCAUCUAUACAUGCAAGGCGUGUUAUGAGAGUGGGAAGGAGGUCAUUGUGGUUCCCAAGACGACAGCAUCCUCCGACUCCCCCUGGUUUGGACUGGCUAUUUACGCCUGGUCUGGGUAUGUGAUUGAGUGCCCAAACUGCUCAGUUAUCUACAGAAGCAGGCAGUACUGGUACGGAAACCAGGACCCUGUGGACACAGUGGUCCGUACGGAGAUCCAUCAUGUCUGGCCGGGGACGAACGGAUUCUCGAAGGAUAAUAACAACGCUGCUCAGAGGCUGCUGGACGGGGUGAACUUCAUGGCUCAGUCAGUGUCAGAGCUGAGCGUUAAGCCUGCCAAAGCCAUCACAUCCUGGCUCACAGACCAGAUCGCUCCUGCCUACUGGAAACCCAACUCGCUCAUCAUGAACUGCAGUACAUGCGGCGAGACCUUCAACGAUAGUGACUCGAAGCAUCACUGCCGGGCCUGUGGAGAAGGCUUCUGUGACGGCUGUUCCUCCAAAACCAGGCCUGUACCGGAGAGAGGCUGGGGACUCACACCCGUCCGAGUCUGCGACGCCUGCUUUCAGAACCGAGGAAUUUCUGAAGAGCUGCUGGACGCUGCUCUCGAGGAGGACGAGAGCGGGACGCUGAUAGCCAGGAAAGUAGGAGAAGCCGUACAGAACACGUUAGGAGCCGUAGCCACCGCCAUAGACAUCCCACUGGGUUUGGUUAAGGAUGCGGCUCGACCAGCCUACUGGGUUCCAGACCAGGACAUUCGAACCUGCUACCAGUGCCAGCGCGAGUUCAGCGUCCGCCUCUCCAUCCAUCACUGCCGUGCCUGCGGACAGGGCGUGUGUGACGGCUGCUCCCCCGACCGGCGCCCCGUGCCCUCUCGAGGGUGGGACCAUCCCGUCCGGGUGUGUCUGGCAUGCAUCCAGAAACCCGGAGAGCUCUAGCGGGACCUGACGACAGAGCACACACGCAGACGCCGACCCACCCGGGGGGUCAGGACGCCAGGAAUGGUCUCACGCUGGGAGGAUGAAAAGCUGCUGGUCCUGUAAAGCAAUGUCAACACUCGGUCCUUUCACAAGCAUGUCGUCACCUGUCUGGCUCCACUACAGUCCAGCUACAGAUACAAGCAUUAUGUUUUAUUCAUUUACUCUGACAAUCCGUUGUUUUUCAUGCGUUGUAAUCAGUCACCUGUGUGUCCAUGAGGUCAAAUUAUAAAAUUUACGUUUGUGGCAUUUUAGCAGACGCUUUUAUCCGAAGCGACUUACAGUUGUGACGGUAAACAAUCUAAGCAAUUGAGGGUUAAGGGCCUUGCUCAGAGUACCUUAACCACUAAGCUACAGCUGCCCUUGAAGCAUACCUAAUUUUUUUUUUAGCUUUGCACUAAAACUACAAAGCAAAUGUGGCCAAAAAAAUAAUGAAAAAUUUAUUUUUAAAACAUGAAUAAAAAGUCCCGGACAGCUACAGUACUGCAGAGUUUAGCAUUUUACGUCAUGUUUACAUUUACAGCAUUUAGCAGACGCUUUUAUGCAAGCGACUUACCUCUAUUUCCUCGGCUGCUCCCGUUAGGGGUCGCUACAGCAGAUCGUGAUCCGCAUUAUCGAUUUGGCACGGUUUCUACGCCGGAUGCCCUUCCCGACACGACCCUCCCUAUUUAUCCGGGCUUGGGACCGGCACUACAGUGCACUGGUUUAUGCAUCCUAGCGGCCGGGUACCUACAGGACAAUUCAGUGUCUCCAGUUUGCCUGGCUGCGUGUUUUUGGACUGUGGGAGGAAACCGGAGCACCCGGAGGAAACCCACGCAGACACGGGGAGAACAUGCAAACUCUGAGGGAACAGAAAGGACCCGGACUGCCCCACCUGGGGAUCGAAUUCAGGACCUUUUUGCUGUGAGGCGACAGUGCUAUCCACUUUAUCCAAGCGACUUACCAUUAUGACUAAAUACACUUUAAGCAAUUGAGGCUUAAGGGCCUCGCCAUAAACCAGGGCCCAAAAAUAGGCAACUUAAACAAGCAAUCUUUUUAUUACUAGUCCAGUAAUUUAACCACUGAGCUACCGCUUCAAUUUUACCUCUUUAACACACCUGAUUCGACUCGUCCGACAUUCGUGUUUGAAUUUGGUCUGUUUGAAAGAGUAAAGCUGAUUUUUUUUUAAGUUCGGCAGCUCUCCAGGAUCCGAAGUUAAGUCCAGUGAAAAAUUAAAAUGACACAAUUUUCCAUCUACCCCAAAUGCAGUGUAACAUAACACAGUAAAUCAGCCACGUUGUUACAGUAAUGGAGUCUGUCUCACACAAGAUGUUCAUACAUAAAUCUUGUACGUUUGCUUUAAUAACAUGCACAUAUUUAUCUCAUGGUAAAUAAACGUGCGCGUAAAGUAAAUAGAGUUUGUAUUUUCUAAAUAGCUCCGUUGUGAAUGCAAACAACCUGUAUGCUUGGGUGCCACAGUGGUAAAUUACAGUAGCUCACUACUGCAGGUAUCCAGGGUUUGAAUCCCCAGCUGUACUAUCAGCCGGUCGGGCGUCUACACAUGAAUCAGGAUAUAUAAAACAGACUGUUGUUGUAGGAUUUAAAUGCACGACUCGAUUGAUUGUUUGUCAGCAUUUCAACUUUUAAUUUAAAAGUUCCAGAGUCCGACUAUCAGACUUUAUAGCUUGUCAAAUAGUAAAGAAUCGAGCUAUUCAGCUAUUCGUAUAUCAUUACAGCCCAAUUAAAAUAUGAUUAUUUUAUCAGUCUUUAAUUGUGAGCUAAAUGAAGACGAAUACAUUUCCUUAGGCAGCAUUAUUUAUAUUUAAAGAACCUCAUGGACCUUAAUGCUUUUGGCAGUGUAGUUGUUUGAGUAAACAUCACACUGAUAUUCUUUUAUUAUUUUUAUCACCCUGUUUAUUCUGGUGUCACUGGGAACCACUGGUCGCAGGGCAGAAAUACCCAGGACAGGGUGCCAAUCAUGUGUGUUCAUAUGCCCGGCUGGCCGAUGGCGGGCUCGCAUAAUAAACCACUGUGCCACCUGAACGUCCCACUCUGACUGUAAUAGUUUUAGUUGCAACGUUAAUCCUAGGAGUCUUUUAUUUUACACAUACAGGGGAGUGUACUUGUUUAACUCACUAUAUUUACAUCAUACGAUCCUAAAACCUCAUGAUUCAUGCAAAUAUUGACCAGUUCAGCUGAUUCUGCAUCCUUAUUACAGUUACUUUUAAAACAUUUGACUAAAACUGCCUUCUUUUCCCUCAAUUGUUCCCUCUGAACAGGGGUUUCUGCUCUGCCCAACCAUUAAAUACUAGCUAAAGUAGCCGCAGCAAUUUUUAUAGAAUAUUUCAGGUUAUAAUGUGUCCUAAACCACAUCUGCAAAUCUGUAAUGCUUGUAGGGGUGUGUGACAUGUUCUGUGGCAAUAUAAUUAAAACAUUAGCAAAGGAUUUUAAAUAAAACACACUCUUUAAUUUAAAGAAGCAAAUAUCAGAUUAAUGCCUUGGCUGAUUAACUACAUUCAGGUUAAGUGGAAAAAUGUGUCCGUUUCAUGUGUUAAUAAAUCAUUUCUUCCGCCACACGUCAAAAUUUAUAUAUAGGUGUGUUUCAGACGUCAUUAAAUCAGUGUUGUGUGCAUAAAUCCAGGGAAUUAAUCACUGUACUGUACGUUAAGGCAGCUGUGAACUGUUACGAGGCUACUCAUACACCCAAAACCUCGGUGGUAGCAUUUUGGAUUCUGAAUAACACCAGCCAUAUUGGGAAUGACUUAUGAAUUGUCCUAGAAUUCUGCUCAGUACUACAAUGGCACGACAGUCUGGAAGGGAGUUUGUAGGGUGUGUUCAGCCUUGCUUGCUAAAAAAAAAACUGGGCCUAAGAUCAUGUUUUAGGGGUUGAAAUGACAUGCAGGCCUUGCGUCGUCUUCCCACAGGACAAUAUGUUGUAAUUAUGAGCUUUAUGUAGUAGGGAUUGUGUUUUAACCCCAUGAUUUGUCCCUGUUAGUAAGCUUUUCUUUUAGAUAUAUGUAUUAAAAAGUUUAUCUUAGACCUUUACAGAAGAUACCGCCACUAAUGUUGGAUUUAUAUCACAUUGUAUAAAGCUCUAUAGCUAAACCAUACACACAAUAUGCCAAUACAAUGUAUGACAUGAAAUUGCAUUGGUAGUUUCUAAACCACAUCCACAAUCUGCUUGACUGUCCAUUUACAGAAUGAUCACAAUGUUAGUAAUCAAGUGUCUAAGAAAAUCACAUUUUAGCUGUUGUCAAAGCCCCCCACAUGGUGUAGGCCUUGGUACAUGCCAAAAGCAGCUUGUUUAGUGAAGUGUAAUAUGAGUAUGACUAAGAGUGACUGACUAAAUGCACCUAGAUGGAUAACUGUCAUAUUUUAUUCGCAGUGUAUGCUGAUUAAAUUAAAUUAAAUUAAACAUGAGUUUAAUUUUUA